UGUGAUGAAUAGAUUAAUGAAAGCUCAUCACUUUUUGCAUGAAACAGCUAAUCAUUGAAAAACAAUAGGACACAGUUCUGUUUCAUCAACGCUUGCACAUUCACAUACAGUGUUUUAAUCACAGUGUUGUAUCACGAGUAACUUAAGAUUUUCAAUUGCUGAAUUGAAAUCAAGAUGGGAAAUGAGCAGUCAUCUCAGAAAAAACGCCAAAAGGCAAACGCUGCCGAGACUAAAGUCCAAAAUGGAGAACUGAACGGGCAUGCAGUUCCUCCUUCAGAUUCAACAGAGCCUGCAGUUUGCAAAGAAGCACAGCAGCAAAAGAGCGAAAUUCCACCAGCGACCGACAGAAAUAAGCCACAACCACCAUCAGGUAAAGAGGAGGUCGAUAAAGGCAAGGAACCUGCGCAUGCCGAAACACCUCCUGAGAAAGACACUACAAACGCAGCUGAUGCAGAACCUCCCAAAGAAGUUCCAAAGCCCACUGGAGAGGACGUGAGCAACUUCUUUGGUAAAAUGUUUAAAAAGAAGGCCGAACCUGUGAAACUUGCAACAGAGAGCAAAGAUUCAGUUGAUGGACAGGUUCCAGCGGAAGAUGAGAAAUCAGAACCAGUGGCCAUUAAGGCGAACGCAGAGGCUGUGCCAGAGCCCGAGGGGACCGCUCUCGAACUCCUGGAAGAUCUCGCAGAAGUCGCAGAAGAAGUACAGCAGCUGGAGGACACGAAAGCAGCAGAGAAAACAGUUAUGAACUUUUUCAAAACAUUCGUCAGUCCGACCAAAACAAGCAAAGAUGCCAAAGCCACUCCUGAUGCUUCAAAAGACCAGUCACAGAAGGAGAUGCCUCCAGCACCUUCAGGCAAUGUACAGGAAGCACCCAAAGCGCCUCCUCCACCCCCUCCAGCACCUCCUAAGAUAGAAGGCAAAGCAGAUGCCGCGGUGAAGAAAGAGGAAACGUCUGCAACAGCUGCAACAGCUGCAACCAAAGCAGCAGAAGCUUCUGCCAAGACCAAAACUAAAGACAGUAGCUUCAGAAAACUCUUCCGUCCAAAGCCUGAUGUGGUGGAAGAGAAAAAGCCGGUUGAGGUUCAGGUAGACGCGUCUAAGACCAGCACCCUCGAGGCUGCUGCCAAACCCGAAGAACCCCAAGCGCCCAAACCCGAAGAAAAGAAACCAGAGAAGAAAUCGGCUUUUGGCAUGUUCAAACCCAAGGUACUGCUAGGUCAAAUGUCCACCAGGAUCCAGGCGGCGGCCUCCAGCGCUGCCGCGACCUUCUCCCUCGUGUCUCCUAGAUCGGCCCCUGAGCCCAAGAAGGAGACGCCGGCUGCACCUGCUGCGGCAGAAUCUGCCCCCGUCGCGAAGGCCAAGGAGGAGCCAAAACCUGCCGCACCUGCAGCACCUGCAGCACCAGACAACAAAUCAGCAGAAAGCUCAGAAAACGCCUCACCCAGCAUCCCUCGCAAACUGGAGAAGAGGAACUCCAUCCAACUAUUCUUCAAAAACCUGGGCCAAAAACGUCAUUCUGAUGCUGGAGUGCAAACGGAGGCCGUGGCACCCGAGAAGGCCAAAUAAACCCCCAGCCUUUCGGGGUUGGUGAUCUUUACCGUAGCAUAGGAAAACACAUUUUAAAAAACACGACCAAGAAACUUUUGUUGACACUGCAGACCCGAAUAAUUCAUUUCAACUCCCAGCUUCAUUUCCAUUGGUUAUAAGGUUGACCCCUUCAAAUUGUGGUUGAAUCUCCAUGUAUUUAGCAAGCGUAGACGUAUGUGUACAAGUAUUCCUUGUUAAGCAAGCUACAUGUGUUUUUGACAGGAAGGAGAGAGUCUUGUUUUUUUAAACAAUAGAAACUCGUUACAGUUACGUCACAAGAUGGAAAAAUGAAAGUGAAAAUGUGAUUCUGCAUUCAGAGGAAAGCUCAAAUUCCUUUAUUUUCUAUGCAAGAAAAUCAUGGAAGUAUGUGAAAUAUCAACUAAUGCUAUUCAUCAUAAUACACUACACCAGGUGCAUUAUGGGAUGUAUUAUCGCCCAUUAUCACCUUAGUGAUGUUUUUUCCACUGGUACAAAGCAAACAAUGUCAUUAACACAUGAAAUGAAGUAGUUUCUGUAAUCAUACACUAUCUGAUUGUAAAAACAAUCUGAUUCCAUGGACAGAAACCUACUCAAUGGCCCAUUGUCUGCUUAACUCAAUCAUCUCUCUCUCUCUCUCUCUCUCUCUCUCUCUUUCUCUCUGAAAUCUACAAUGCCAUUUAAAUUCCAUUAAAAGCUGCCGGAAUUUCUGAAUCACAGUUUUAAAAAUCAAAAUUAUUUAUUUAACCUCAUAUCCAUCUUGUAAUUUUCCAAUAUAUAUUAUGACCCACUUACUGGUUAUUUAUGUUUGACCCAACGGUCGCAAUCCUACUUUUUAAUUUCUGCUUUACAUAACAAAAUCUGCAUGUAUUAUAACUUUCUAAACCACACGGCAAUUAUUCUGUUACUUGCUUGGCCGUCAGUUUGUGUCUGCAGGAGUCUAAAAAAUGUACGAUGUUUAUUGAUGUGUUCUUUCAUGUAUUUUUUAUGUUUUCUGAACAUUACGGGAUAUUAGAACAUUAUGUAAUACAAUGUACAAUUAUUAAAUACACAAUAAUGCAAUAUACAUCUCUUUGAUAGUGAAAUGUUUAUGGUUUUCCUCUGAUUCUUGUCUACAUUUGUAAAGAGCGGACGGGCCUACCUGAAAUUCAAUGAAUCUUAGAUUUUUCUGUUCCUCCUUUGUUGCAUUGUUGUCUGUUUAACCAAUUUAUACAAAUAAAUGACCCAUAUCUCUCCUCUGUAAAAAGACUCAUUCUUCAUUUAAAUAAAUAGACAUUUAAAA